CUAACACGGGAGGAUCAUCAUGUUAGUACGGCCGACGUCAGAGCAUCCAUUAGGGCCGCUCUACAUAUAAUGAAGCUGCAUGCCUUCGCUGCACUCCACGAGCUUAGCUGCCAGCCACGGUCCAGGCUGAUUCAAGACCUGAAGCUCCAUUGACCAGAGAGUCGAUCGGAGACAUACAUGGAGCUGCUGACCGAUGCCCGAGCGCGCCACUUCGUGCCGGACAAGUACGUCUUCCCGCCGGAGAAGCGCCCUGCCUUGCUCCCCGAUAGCGACAGCCCCGGCGUUGCCUUCCCCGUCAUCGACAUCCACCCUGCCACCCUCUCCGACGACCGCCGCCGCCGCCUGGUCGUCGCCGAGAUCAUCCAGGCCGGGAUGGAGUUCGGCUUCUUACAGGUGGUGAACCAUGGCGUAGGGGAGGACGUGGUGCGAGGGUUCCGUGAGGCGGCGGCGGGGCUCUUCGCGCUGCCGGCAGAGGAGAAGCUGCCCUACUGCUCCGACGACAUGAGCAGGCACUUCCGGCUCGCCACCAGCACGGCCUUCCACCGCAACCAGACAUGCUACUGGCGCGACUACUUCAGGAUCCGCUGCUACCCCGUCACUGACGAGGUCACUCGCCACUGGCCGUCCAAGCCGCCGACGUUCGGGAUCUCCCUCGCCGAGUACUCUACAGCAGUGCACGAGCUCUCUCAGACGCUCCUCCGGCUCAUCGCCGAGGGGCUCGGCCUUGGCGCCAACUUCUUCGCCGGUGACCUCAGCGCCGGGGUGACCCAGAUGAACGUGAACUACUACCCUCCAUGCCCGGACCCCACCGUCACACUCGGCCUCUUCCCGCACUGCGACCGCCACCUCCUCACCGUGCUCUCCCAGGGUGAUGUCGCCGGGCUCCAAGCGAGGCAUGACGGGAGGUGGCUCCUCGUGCCCGCGGUGCCCGGCGCGCUCGUCAUCAACUUCGGCCACCAGAUGGAGAUCGUCACCAAUGGGCUGCUGGCCAGCGUUGAGCACCGUGUGGUCACUAACACCACGGCGGCGAGGUUGUCCGUGGCGACCCUCGUCACGCCCAAGAUGGAGUGCCGCAUCGGCCCGGCGCCGGAGAUGGUGGACGAGGCCACGAAUCCAGCUAAGUACAGGGAGUUCAUCUUCAGCGAGUUCAUGGAGGCAUAUGCUGCCGCCGAUGCCAGCAGGGAGAGAGUUCUUGAGUCCUUCAAGAUCCACCACUAGCUCUAUUUCUGUGGAUUUGGGUUGUCUUCCGGCCUAUCGCCUCAUGGGAUGUGGUUCCUCUCCUUCCAAACUACCUUCUCUUGGUUUUGAUCACUUAGGUUCUACCUUUGCUAAGACCCGCAAUCGCUCACUAGAUUUGCAAGCCCGACUAAGCUGUGCUCCAUAUGUUUCCUCCAUGAUGUGGUCAAUAGCGCCAAGAGAGUGAUUUUUCUA